GCCUCCAGGGUAUCUGUGACUACAGGCGCGCUCGUGCCACCAUACCCGUCUAGUUUUUGUCUUUUUUGUAGAGACGGGGUUUCACUAUGUUGCCCAGGCUGGUCUCGAACUCCUGAGCUCAAGCGAUCCACUCACCUCGGCCUCCCAAAAGUGCUGGGAUUAGAGGCGUGAGCCACCAAGUCAAAUGGGCUUUAUACUUACAAAAUACCUUUGCAGGCUUAUUUCAUUUUCACCUCACAACUCUCCAGCGUAGGCUGGACCGGUAUUAUCAUGGCCUUUUACUGAAAGAGGAAACUGAGAGUCAAGGUUGGGGCAGUUAACAAGCGUCACUUAGCAGCCUCGACAUUAACCACGCUCUCAGCCCCUUUUGGUCCUACUCCUAAGAGAACCUUCCUGCACCUCCAAGAACUUGCCGAUCGGGUCUGUGGCGGUCUGGACGAGGUCACUCCAUAGGCGCCCAGAACCUUCCCAUCCGUAGUGACGCGCGCCGGUGACGCCAUACAGUGACGUAUGGUGACGCGACUUACCGGGAGCCAGGUGCCGGCAGGGCAGCCACACCCUGGGGCCCCCUGCUCUCUAGGCGCAGAGGGCCAGGCCGGUGCGGAAAAGCCGCAGAAGCCGCUUCUGGCUACCUUCCAGGCCUGCACCCCCGGACCCAGCAGCCGGCUGUCGAUCGGUUGCUAAGUGACGCCAGCGCGCAGUGGCGCGUGCGCGGCCACGGCGGAGUGCGUGAGGGCGGACGCGCGCCGCGACGGCGGCGGCGGCGAGGACGGCGGCCACGGUAGCGGCCAAGGGGGCGGUGGCAAAGAGCGGGGUGCGGAGCGGGCGGAAGAGGCGUCUGUGCCGGCGGCUAGGUCGCAGAGGAACAUCGUUGGGAUCAACGACUAUCGUCUAUUCCACAAGAUGAGUAACAGCCACCCUCUUCGCCCCUUUACUGCAGUGGGGGAAAUUGAUCAUGUGCACAUUUUGUCUGAACAUAUCGGUGCCUUGUUGAUUGGGGAAGAAUAUGGCGACGUCACAUUUGUUGUGGAAAAGAAACGUUUUCCUGCCCACAGGGUGAUUUUAGCAGCCAGGUGCCAAUAUUUUCGAGCAUUAUUGUAUGGCGGAAUGCGAGAGUCUCAGCCUGAAGCAGAAAUUCCUCUCCAAGACACCACUGCAGAAGCAUUCACAAUGCUACUCAAGUAUAUCUACACAGGGCGGGCAACGCUGACUGAUGAGAAGGAGGAGGUGCUGCUGGACUUUUUAAGCCUGGCUCAUAAAUAUGGAUUUCCAGAGCUAGAGGAUUCUACUUCCGAGUAUCUCUGCACCAUACUUAACAUUCAGAAUGUCUGUAUGACUUUUGAUGUUGCCAGUCUGUACUCACUUCCCAAGUUAACUUGUAUGUGCUGCAUGUUUAUGGACAGGAAUGCUCAGGAGGUGCUCUCAAGUGAAGGUUUCCUCUCCCUUUCUAAGACAGCACUUUUAAACAUCGUGUUAAGAGAUUCAUUUGCAGCUCCCGAAAAAGAUAUUUUCCUAGCCUUACUAAACUGGUGUAAGCAUAAUUCAAAGGAGAAUCAUGCUGAAAUCAUGCAGGCUGUGCGUUUACCUCUCAUGAGCCUCACUGAACUUCUGAAUGUUGUGAGGCCUUCGGGACUGUUGUCUCCUGAUGCCAUUCUGGAUGCCAUUAAAGUGCGAUCGGAGAGCCGGGAUAUGGACCUCAAUUACAGAGGCAUGCUCAGUAAGUACCUAUCUAUCCUAAACUCACCAAGAAACUUUAUGUGCCUGUUAUGCUGUUCACAACUACAAAGCUACUACAGAACUGUAUAAUGCAGGUGUACAUGAAAUAUGUACAUUUAUAAACAGCUAGCUUUGCUUCCUGUGGAAUGUCUUUUCCUGUCAUUUUCCUGUCAAUUCCUCCUGAGAUUGAUUAGCCUUUAUAGACCCUAAAAUAGAUAUUUCUUUCCAUUUCUGGACAGAUUUCUCAACUGCUCCCCCAGAAUGUCAGAAAUAGACACUUUCCUAAAAAGCUGCUUCUCAUGUUAAGACCUUUUCUUCCUUCUUCCAUCAGGUAAAUACUGAGUACGUGAUGCGUACUUAUUAUUUUGGGUACCAUGAACAUGGAGAUUCUUUUUUUAUUUUUUUUUUUUUGAGAUGGAAUUUCACUCUUGUUACCCAGGCUGGAGUGCAAUGGCGCAAUCUUAGCUCACUGCAAUCCUUGCCUCCAGGUUCAAGCAAUUCUCCUGCCUCAGCCUCCCAAGUAGCUGGCAUUACAGGUGCCUGCCACCAUGCUCGGCUAUUUUUGAGUCUGGCUUAUAAAUAUGGAUUUCCAGAGCUAGGGGAUUCUACCUCUGAGUAUGUCUGCACCAUACUUAAUAUUCAGAAUGUCUGUGUGACAUUUGUAUAAUAGCUUUUGUCUGCAUAAUAGCUAACACUUAUGUAGUAUUUCCAAUACUUACCAUCACUUAAGUGGUAAUUUUUCUUAUUAACGAAUUCAUAGCAGUUAACACUUACAGAGUGCAUAGUAUGUAUCAAGAACAGGUCCUACAUGACCAUUUAAUUCUCACAACUCUUUGAGGUAUAUACUGUCAUUGCCUCCAUUUUACAAACUGAAACAGAGAAAUUAAGUAACUGCUCAAGGUCACACAGAAAGAUGGCAGAGAUGAGAGUCAAACCUAUGUACUUUGACCCCAGAAGCUGUGUAAUUAACUGCUAAACUAUGCUGCAUAAUUGUUACAUAUAGUCUCUGCUUUUGAUCCUUUUAAUUUCAUUGUGGAAAUAAGACAUAAACUCCUUUGAAAAGUUAAAUACAACAAUAUUCAAGGGAGUACAUGUUAUAGAACUUCAGAAGAAGAAAUGGCUUGGAAUGAUUGAGGGAGAUUUCAUGGAGGUUAUGAAGCUUGAGUUGAGCCUUGACAUUUGAUUCAAAUAGUGUAAGAGUUGGGUGAAUUUCAGAUGGAAAGAAUCAUGAAGUUAAUAGACAGAGGUUAGAGUAUUUGAAGAGACCAUAAAUAGAAGAGCUUGAUUAGAGUAGAAGGCUUUUAUUGAUUAGUAGAAAAGAAACUGUUUGAAGGUCAGCUUAGGCUAGUUUAUGGAAGUCUUUGAAACUAGAUUGGAAUCUCCUUAUAUGCAGUGUGGAACCAAUUUGAGAGAGGAAGAGUGGUAUGCAUACAGUGGUGGUUUUGAAAAACUGAUUCAUAGUGCUGUAUUUGAGGAUUUAGAAUAGGUAGGGGGAAACUGAUUCAGGGAGACCAGUGAGGAGGGUAUUUAAUCUGUGCACAAUUGAUACUACCUUAAACCAGAUUGGUGGCAGGGAAAUUGAAAAGAAUGGAUGAUUAGAAUGGUUAUUAUGGAAAAAAAUAGAACUUGGUGAUUCAAGUGAUUUAAAUUUGGGAAUUAAAUUUAGGAGAGAGUUACCAUUUGUUAUCACAUCUAAGAAGUCAGAAAUUCUCAGGCACCAUUAUCUUAUGUUCCACUAAGGAAAGAAACAAUACUCCAAUUAACUGUGACACACUGUGAUGUCUACAUCGCAAUUUCAGAAAUUUUAAAAAUUGAUCACCAAGUGUGUCUUAGUAAUGAAAUACUGUACAGUACUUCUUUGAAGAAGAUGCUGAGCUUGUUUUAGAUUGAGUUUGAGGGUUUUGGGGACAUGCAAGUUGUAAGUUCUGUCCUGUGCUAGUCAUUUUCCUGAGUGUUCUCUUCUUGACUAUGCCUUUGAACACUCUCUGGAAAUACUUAUUGAUCUUAAAUAGAUGUCCUUAACAGACCUCUCUCCUGACUUAUCAGGUGUAGAUUUCUUUUCACUGAUUAUAGAAGAAAAAACAUAAGUUUUGGCACAGACACAUUUGACCUCAAAUCCUGAAUUAGUCACUUACUAGUUAUAUGAUCUGGUAUUAAAUUAUUUAAAGAGUUUUACCUUUUAUUUUAUAUCUUCUAGUAUUGUUAUGAGACUUAAUUGAAAUAAUGUGUGCAAAUAAUUGUGUAUAAGCUCCGUAUAGGAAACCAUUGUUACCAUAUGUCAUUUUGAUGUGUUUUUUUCUUUUCUCUGUACAUCUGUGUGAGAAUUACCACAUUGAUCACAUUGUUUUAAACAUUUUUGUUUACUUGUCUUUGAUCCAUGAAGGCAGAGGUGAUCGUUGUAGGCCUUAUUGAUCUCUAUAUCCUCAACAUUUAACUCACUUAAUAGCAUAUAACGGGUACUUGGUGAAUGCUUAGGGAAUGAAUGCAGGGAGAAAUGUCUAAUACGAAGUGGGAACACAUUACUGUUUAGGAAGCAGUCAGAUCUGGUGAUAACCUGAGUUAGAGUAUAGGGAAAGAAGUAAAAAUCUAAGUCUGAGACUUGGAGAAAACCUAUAGUUAGGGGUCUUAAGGUAGAGAAGGAAGAAGGAAGACAUUUGGGACUGAAGAGAGUUACAGAGGACAACCAGAGGAGAGAGCUUUCAUAUGGAUUCAGUGGUCAGUGGUCUCAUGAUGGGGAGGUCAAGAAAAUUCAGAGACAACUUUUGUAUCUAAAUUGCCAUUAGUUGGUAAGUGAUCUGGACAGAAGACUGGCUUCCAGGGAACUAGGCCACGAAUGUUUGGAAACAUAAUAGAGAUAACAUAUACUGCCUCUCUGAUUUGUGAAUUGGAUUGAAAGGUAGUAAAAAAAAUAGUAUGGUAGCUAGAGAGAUCAGGCUGGGAGAGUCCAGAAAGAAAUCAGAGGUGCUGGAGAAUGGUAUGAGUUAAGGGUCAGCUUUGGAUAAAGUGUGGGAGGAUGGCAAGUGAAGAGGUAGUAAGAUGAGUAAUUAGUGUUAGGCUUUUCAAAUUCUCAUGUUGGAUCCUGUCUUAUAUAAGUUCGUUUCCCUCACUUGCCCUAUAUUGGAUUUGAAGUGCUGAAAAGGCCUAGAACUGGAUUCACUAUAGGGACAGUCUUGGAACGUGUUUGCAGGAGUGAGGAUUUGUUUUGGACAUUUCACAUGGUUACUGGUAGCUUGGAAUGAUCAACCGGUCAGUAUAAGGGUAGUACCUGGGUUAUAAGAAACUCAUGAGAUUAGUUGUGAAAGAGAGAAGUUAGCCAGAUGAGGCACCUGGUUCUGGAAUGAUACGUACUCUGAGAUUGUUGUUCAUCAGUGUUAAAUUCUUCACUUUGGAGUAAAUGAGGGGAAGCUCAAGGAAGAGGUUAUGUAAAUAUUUGGGAAUCCUUUAUCUCACUUGUAAACUUGAGUAAUGAUUAAGUAACAGUCUGUUUUUCCUGACUUUUAAAGCAUAUGAAUAAUAAAAUCAAUAAUAUAAAUACAAGGAAGCAUAACACUUUCCUGUCAGACCUGCAAAAAUAGUUUUUUAAAAUUCAACCAUCUUUAUUAAUCUAUCAGUGUUACAUUUUAUACAUAACAUCCAGUUGUAUUCUCAAAGGGCUACUUUAGUACAACAUCUUAAUAUGAGAAAGCCAAGGAAGAUGGCCAAACCUCACACUAGCAUUUUAAUAUCCUCUGGACAAGGGAAGCUAGAAAGUCAGUCACUUUACACACAUGUAAGAGUAGUGUUCCAAAAUAAGUAAGAAGCUGCUACAUUUUUAAGCAGGGAGGAAAAAACUUUCAUUUUGGUCUUUGUGUUUCAGCAAAUUAUACUUUCAAUUAACAGCAACAAAGAUACCAUAAAAAAUGCUUUGCUUUUAAAAUUUCUGAACUUCAGUACAAAUUAAAAUA